AUGGAAUACACUCUAUUAUUUCCUGUCCUAGUGGCAGCACUGUUACUGAUCGUGGCAACUCGUGUAGUUGUUCACCGUCUUUAUACACACCCUCUAGCCGCAUUUCCAGGCCCCAAGCUCGCAGCUGGUACAUUUCUCUACGAAUUCUACUACGAUGUCAUCAAAAACGGGGUAUAUAUCUGGGAAAUUGAACGUAUGCAUAAAAAAUACGGUACGCUAUACCCAAAUUCGAGACUGAAAUAUCAAUCCUCGACCCCUCUGACCAAAACCAAACCCAACACAGGCCCAAUCGUCCGCAUCAGCCCCAGAGAACUCCACAUCAAAGACCCAUAUUUCUACGAAGAGAUCCACGCCGGUCCAUCCAAGAAACGCGCCAGAGACCCCAAAUACGCCGUCGCCUUCGCAGCACCAUACUCCCUCGUCGGCACGAUCGGCCACGAGCACCACAGACUACGACGCAGCUUCGUAAACAAUUUCUUCUCAAAGCGCUCCGUCACAAAUCUAACGCCUGUAAUCCACGAAAAAGUCGACAAGCUCAUCCACCGAUUCGAAACCGCCUUUGCGAACUCCACCGUGCUCACUUUGCAACUUGAUUUCGCUGCCCUCACGGCGGACGUUAUCACUCACUACUGCUAUGGCUGGGCACGCGGAUAUCUCGAUAACGCGGAUAGUUCGAAGAGCAAUGAUCUCGUUGACGCUGUGAACGGGCUCAUGACUAUGUUUCAUAUUAACCGCUUUUUCCCGUUCCUGAGUAAGAUAAUGCUUGCUGCGCCGCCGGCUUUGGUCCGUUGGCUUCAGCCUUGUAUGGCGGAUCUAUUUGAUAUGAAGGCGCGCUUGCGAGAUCAGGCCAGGUAUACUCUCGAGAAAAGGGAAAAUUUGCAUGAUGUGAAGGUGAAAGAAGAGAAUUAUAUCUUUGAUGCGUUGACUGGGCCUGAGGUACCGGAUGCUGAGAAGACACUUGAUCGAUUGGAGGAUGAGGGGGCGUUGCUUCUUGGCGCUGGGACUGAGACUACGGCGAGGGCUAUUGCUGUUUCUAUGUUUCAUGUCAUGAGUAAUGCAGAAGUAGGGAGGAAGUUACUUUGUGAAUUGAAGACUAUCUUGGAGACACCUACUUCUCAAGCUUCGUGGUUGGAGCUCGAGCAAUUGCCGUAUUUGACGGGUGUCGUUAAUGAAGGUCUACGUUUGAGCCAUGGCAUGACAUCAAGACUAGGUCGCAUUUCGACAAAAGCACAUAUCCCUUACAAGGGCUGGAUUAUUCCAGCAGGGACCCCAAUCAGCCAAUCCAAUUAUUUCGUCCAUAUGGAUGAGACCCUUUUCCCUGAUCCGCACAGAUUCGACCCCGAGCGUUGGGCACGAGCCGCAAAAAAUGGAGACUAUCUAGGGAGGUUUAUCGUGUCCUUCACCAAAGGCAGCAGACAGUGUCUGGGAAUGAAUCUUGCAUAUGCAGAGAUAUUUCUUACCUUGGCUCACGUUGUACGUCGCUUCGAAUUUGAGCCGUACGAAACUACCGUCGAUAAUAUCUGUGUCUACCGUGAUUUAGGUAUUGGGUGUCCUAAACGGGGCCUGUUUGACGUUAAGGCCAAGGUGAAAGCUAUUAUAAAAACUUAG